CCUCCCUCCCGUGUUCAUCUCUCCAUCUCUCAGAGUGAUAGUCAGUGUUGAUCUUCUCCUUGUUGGGGCAGCCUCAUUUCUCCUGAAGGAUGUCGGGCCCUCUGAUUACUAGCUCCUGCUCUGUCGUCCUCCUGCUGUCUCUCUCCCUGGCCCUCCUCCUCUCGCCGCCGCCGCUGGACGCUAAGUCGUUGUCUGCUGCCCGUGGCGUAGGGGGACGAGGUCUGGACGCCACAGGAGGCGGGGUUAGGCGUCUCCGCAGAGACCUCCGUGAUUCGCUGCCGUACGAGGCCGGGAUGAUGUCAUAUCCUGGUGAAUCGUCUGACUUCUUGACCCGGCGGGGGGACAACAAGGCACUCUACCAACCAGAGGAGUGGACGGGGCAGGGCUUAGGACAGGCUCUGCAGCAAUUGGUGGAGAACGACCAGAGGCGGGAGCAGGAAACAGCACACUUGGCCGAGUUGCUCCGCCUCCUCAGUGAAGCCAACGUCCAGGGGGCCGGAGAGGAGUUCCAGGGGCCAGGGGACUUCCAGGCUCCCUAUCCCCCAGACUACGAUGAGACAGAGCAGGGGAUGAGAAUGGGAAAGCCCCAGGCUGCAGCUCCAUGGCAGGGCCUACUGGAUCCCCAGCUCACCCAGGCCCUGCUCAACAGAUACAGGCAGGAGAGGCUGCAGCAGCAGGCCGGGUUACCAGGUCUACCAGCCACCAUCAACAGGCUUACAGACAACAGGCUGGAAACAGGCAGCCAGGACCGAGACGAGGAGGCUCUGAGAUACCUGGUAGCCAAGGUCCUGUCCAGCAUCAGUCCCACCAAGCCCCAGGGUUCUUCAGGCCGCAGGGCAAAGAGAGACCUGGUGUCUGGAGGUGGUGGUGAGGGGGUCAGAGCAGUCUCCAGCCCAGUCCUCCACAGGUCCCGUCGCUCCGUCGACUCCCCUCCUUCCCCCUCCCUAAGCCUGGAUCCCUCUCUGGGGCUGCUGAGGGUCAAGAGGCUGGGGGUGGUGGUGGAGGGACCUGGAGCGCCGGGGGGAGAGAGGGAGGGCCACAGGACCCCCGACCACAUGCUGGAGCUUCAGAGGAUGAAGAGGAUCGACACCGAACUGCAGCCCCAGCCUGGUGGAAGGCCCGGCCGCAGAAGACGAGCCCUGAACUACGACCCCAUUACCUAUGACCCCGAGCUGCUGGUCCAACAAAUCCUACACUACCUGCCACAGUAGAGAGGGAGAGAUGGAGAGAGAGAGAGACAUAUGAAGAGAGAGACAGAUGGAGAGACAGAGAUGGGGAG